GGGGAGCAGGCAGUGGCCCGGCCGGGAGCUGGGUAUAAAGGUGGGAUCCACACUGCCCUGCCAGAUCUCUGUGGGUUCCUCAGCUUGGGCGGAGUGCAGGUUAUGUCCUGCGAGACGGAGAUGUCGCAGCUGGAACGUAGCAUCGAUACCAUCAUCAAUGUCUUCCACCAGUACUCUGUACGGGUAGGCCACCGAGACUCCCUGAACCAGAGGGAACUCAAACAGCUGGUGCAGAAGGAGCUGUCGAACUUCCUCAAGAGGGAGGCAAGGGAUGAGAAAGCCAUCAACGAAAUAAUGGAGGAUCUGGACACCAACCAGGACAAGGAGCUGAACUUCGAAGAGUUCGUCAUCCUGAUGGCAAGGCUGGUCCAUGCCUCGCAUGAGGAGAUGCACAAGAAUGCUCCCCCUGGCCACGAGGGCCACAGCCAUGGGCCGGGCCUUGGUGGGGGUGGCCAUGGCCAUGGGCAUAGCCACAGCCACGGUCACGGCCAUGGCCAUAGCCACUAAGCAGGCGGCCUGCUCAUUCUGUUCUUUUCUGACCCGGGUCGCUGGGAAUGCCACACCCCUCUGCCUGGCUGUGGGGCUGCAGCAGAGGGGUUAGAAUAAAGUCUCUGACGUCA